GUGGUUCAUUCGGGAAAGAACAAGAAGGACAGAAAGCACAGACUGGCAGAAAUCUUAGCAGAGUAGAGACGUAAGCUCUUUACAUCUCACACCAGACCUUAGAUGGGAACUAUAAAGAAGUUUCAAUGUGAACCGUCCUUUUACGCAGUCUAGAUCUUGGUAAACAUGGCAUCAGUCUGGCUAUCAGUACUUGUUGUCCUGUGGAUACAUAUGAAUGGCUUGCUAAAAGGGGCUAAAGCAUGUGGUGAGGUGGUGGUGAACACAUCUUCUGUGGUGCCUGUCGGCUCGUCCAUAUCAGCAUCCUGCCUCAUUAACAAUGACUGCCCAUUGACUAAAGGCAAACAGUUUCGUGUGGAGUGGAAGAUUAACAACGAUUUGGUCCCCAGCAAUCUUUCUUACCUGGAGAGUAACGGGACAUAUAUUGUAGUUAUUCCCCACAUUGAUGUUGCGAGGGCUGUCAUUACGUGCAGCGUUUGUGUAGAAGACAACUGCCAAGUAGUGGAUGGAAGCCUAGUCAAAGUGGCAUAUCCACCUCCCAUCCCAACGAACCUGAGCUGUGCCUUGAGUGUAAACGAACCCAUCGGAAUGCUGUGUCAAUGGGAUCCUGGUCAGAAAAUGGAAAACAUUGAUUUAACCUACAAGCUUCACACCAAAAAAGGGACAACAUGUUUUUUGUAUGUGCUACCUGCUGGGGUUUAUUCCUACUGGAUUCCUCGACAAGAACUGUCAUUGUCUCUUGAAAUGGAGAUUCAUGUGGAGGUAGAAAACACCUUCUGGAAUACCAGCUCUGAACGUCUGCUGGUGAUGCCAAUGAAAACAGCAAAGUAUGGCCCUCCUGAAAUUCAGGGGAUUGAAGACCAUGAGCUUGGAUGUUUGCGGUACAGAUGGAGUCUUACAGAGUCUCAGAACUGGGUGAAGUUAACCUUUGAUGUGGAGUUAACUCUGAAAGAAGUUAAUAACCAGCUAGCAAAAGAGUUGCUUAUCUCCAGGAGAGCAUCACAAGGAAGCACAAUAAAAGUGUGUGGUCUUCCCCACUGGACAAAUUACAGCACCAAAAUAAGAGUGAGGUAUUACAAUCUAUGGAGUGAAUGGAGUGACCCAAAAGUAGCCACCACACUUUCAAGGGCUCCAACUGGUCGUCUGGACACAUGGCUUAAAGUACCAGCUGAUGGUGUUACUGCAAAGCUGUACUGGAAGCCAUCACAACAAUUUCGUGCAUAUGGGGCGAAUCUCUCAUAUAUUGUGGAAUUGAAGCCUAAGCAGACUUUAUGUGAUACAACUGAAGACCACUGCUCUUUCAAUAUCAGUAAGCGGGUUCGAAAGGUCUACCUGACAGCACAGAAUGGAUGUGGAAAGUCUACUCCUACUGAAGUGCCAGUGUAUCGUAUGAAAGCACUGGACCCUGUGUCGAAUCUAAGUGUGCAUCCUCAGUCUAACACAUCAGUGUUGUUAGUGUGGGAAAGCUUGGUGUCCUCUCGUGUCAUGGGAUACAUUCUGGAGUGGAGAUCUCUCAACGAGUCAGUUGCAGCAAAACUCUUCUUUACACUGCUGAAAAAAAAUUGCUCAAGUACUGUAGUAACAGGGUUGGAGCCUUUCAAGCCUUAUGAAAUAUCUAUUUAUCCCAAGUAUAUGGACGGAAUUGGACGGUCUCGUACUGUAAUGGUAUACACAAGUGAAAAAGCACCAUCUGUCGCCCCAACGCUGAACUUUGAAAAACUGGAUUCGUCAAAUGUCCAACUUGUGUGGGAUGAAAUUCCACUUGAGCAGAGAAAUGGGAUCAUUCAGGGAUAUACCAUUUUCAUUUGGGAUGAAAAGCACAAUAUCCAAAUUCUAAAGACCAAGAAGACAAAUGUUUUGAUGAAACAUAUUCAGCCUUUCUCCACAUAUCAUGCCCUCAUAUCAGUCCAUACCCUGGGUGGGAGUUUAAACGGAUCAGUUGUGACCCUCACAACUGAACAAAUUGGUCAUAUUGAAAUUGUGCUCUUCGUGAUACCUGUAUGUGUUGGGUUUUCACUACUCAUCCUCAUUGCUGUGUUUGCCUGUCUCGGCAAACAUGAACGCUUGAAGAUGUGUUUGUGGCCUAUAAUUCCUGAUCCUGCCAACAGCAGUAUUAGGAGAUGGACCACAACAGACUCACUGCAGGGCAUGCCCCCAUUCAAAGAAGACAAGGACCCUGCGUUGGUGUAUCUAUCCCAUUUUAGUCUUCUGGAUCUGUCUGAUAAAGAGAUAUGCAACAGUGACUACGUUAAGGACAACCUGUGGUCACAUGACAGCGGCAGCCAUGAUGAAGGUCACAACUUAUUCCAGACCCCCAGCAGUUAUGACUCACAGCAGGACACAGACUCUGUCCCUUACGCCACUGUUUUGUUCAGUGGUCCUUAUCAAAACCAGACGGGCUCUCCACCAGUCUACCUACGCUCUGAGUCCACACAGCCUCUCUUAGGGGUGGAAUCUGAAUCUGGUAGUCCUCCACCAUAUGAGAAUAUUUCAGAGGGUGCUUCUAAAGUAAACUACUUUACUACGUUCCCUCUGGAGCCCACUGAGAAUGAAGCAAUUUGGGAGGAUUUUCCUAUGCUUAGAUCCUUAGAGAUCAGGAUUACUGACCAAAUCUAAACUCAAAGUCAACGAAUGCAUCUUUACAGUAUAUGCUUGUUUUAUAAUGUUUUAAUGUGUGUUACUUUGGUUAUGUUUUGUAUGGAGUAUCAAUUUUUGGGUAUCAAGGUAUGAAUUUAGUAUCAAAAGAAACAAACAGGAUCUCCAAAAUUAUUUGGAUUCUUGUGUAUGAAUGCUAUUGUUAAAAAAAGAAUAUUUCAACAAAAAAACUUGUAAAAAUAUUUUAUUGUUUACUUAAAGACUUCUCUAUAUACUGUAUCAAUACUAACAAUUUCAGUUUGUUUUUGUUUUUCUGACAUUAAUUGCUUAUCAUUUCCUGAAUUCUCAUUUUCUGGAAUUUCCUAAAUUUUGACCUUGAGCCUAUGACCAAGAACAACAUCCCAGCUAAUCAAAAUUCGUGAUUGACAUAACUACAACGUAAUUUGAUGACAAAACUCUCAUCGUGCCACGUAAUGUCAUUGCGUCGUGGCAACCGGAAAAUUUAAAUUCUUACAUAACUCUUUACAUAACUUUCGGAUGUUGCCAGUUAGUAACAGUAACGUUGUGACAACGUCAUGUUAAAAUGCUAUAUCAUUCAGCUUAAGUCAAGUGCACAUCCGUCUGCAUCUGCGUGGCAACGUUGUUACGGCUGAUUCUUCAGAUUGUGAGCAUUGCGAGUCGUACAAAUCAACCCAAUUGUAAUAGUGUAGAUUUUUUUUUACAGAAUUAGUUUGAUGUCUAUUUUCUUGUUAACUGACAAUCUUUCAAACAACUUUGCCCAGACAAGCCAGAUAUAAAAAAUGUGCAACAGCCAAACGACCAAUGGUAAGUCAUUCAAUAGAGCAUCUAAAUGGUCAUGAGACAUUAGACCUCUGCUCAGUGAUCUACAGUGCAUGCGUUCAGUCAUUAAAUGUAAAACUUAUAUCACUAGCAGUUAAUCAUAGGUUAUUCAUAUAGCCUAUGCCCUAGCCUAGCCUAGCCUAGCCCUCUUGGCCAGGUCGUCAUUGUAAAUGAGAACUGGUUCUCAAUUGACUUACCUGGUUAAAUAAAGGUUAAUAAUAAUACGAUACGACCCAGAAUCUGCCCUACCUAAAUUUAUAGUCAGCAGCCACUAAUAUAGGGCCCAAUUUAAACAAUCUAAGUGCAUGAUCUAAAGCGCAGUGCGCAAGUGCACUUAAGGCAUGUCCAAAUCUAUUUUGCUAGUUUAAUUAUGGGAAAUAACAUCUGUGUGACUGAAGCACGGUCUUAAAGGGUUGUUUCUAUUCUCGAAAAGAGUAAUGUGUGUGUUUUGGCCGUAACAUACAAUAAACCAAUGAGAGUCUCAUCUCCCAUACCCUUUAAAAGCCAGUUGCGCUCAAGCCAUGGUGGAUAUCCUAUUUACAUGACGGAAUUUGUAAGUGGAAGUGGAAAUUUUUGUAAUAAAAGCUUUGGUUCCCUUUAAAAGUCUUUUUUUUUUCAUUAAUGGAGUAAUAAGUAAAAUCAUCAGGGUUUUAAUCGCUGAAAAGGUUUGGAUACAUGAUCACAGUAAUCUCAAAAGUUUUUAAUAAGAAUAAUUUAAAAUAUCAGAAAAAAUUAUUAAUAAAUUGUGUAAUCUGUCCUUAUUUAUGUCCAAGAGACUCAAUAACAAUCUUUUGCAUUUUAAUUCUUAAAUUUUUUCGGAUUGUUGUGUGAGUUGAGGCUGUUCUGUCCAUUCAUUAGAAGUGUGGGUCAGGACCUAUUGGUCUUUGCGGGUCCAAAAAUGUACAAAAUAAUUUUUUUCUCUCUUCGAUACAGCUAGACAUCAACAUUUUUCUCUCAACAUUUUUUAUUAUAAUGUGUUCCAAAUUUUCCACCUGAUUACAAUCCCCACAUUUUCCUGUUUCAUGUCUCCCCAUUCUAUUUAGAGUUUCAUUGUGUCACUUGGGCUAAAGCAAGGUUUGAGCAUAUUCCUAAUAACAGACACAAGGUCAACAACCAGGCAAACAUCAAUAUAUCAUAGCUAUUUCAAAAACAGUAACAAAUCCAGGCAGAUGUCGGGCAGGCAGAAAACAUUCAUCAGACAAGAUCCAGGCACAGGUCAAACACAGGAAAUCUGAAAACAAGAACUAUUAGCACAAAAACUAAUAUUACAGGUAUCUUGGAAACACUUUCUGACUGCUUGCAGGAGAUUAAACUGUGGAUGUACAACAACUUUCUUAAGUUGAAUGGUGCUAUGUCAGAGGUCCUUUAAGUUGGUACCCCUACUGCUGUCUGUAAUGGGGAAAACUUUAGUUAGUUUAGUGUAUCUGCAAUAUAUCCAAUCGAUUUUGAAACUCUAAAUUUUAACAUAUAAAGCUGUACACGGAACUGCAUCAUCAUAUAUAUGUGACCUUAUUAUGCCAUACACACCUUCUCGAUCUCUCCGUUCCGCCAACUCUUUCCUCUUUAAACAGCCUUUUGGCAGGCUAAAAACUAUGGGUCAAAC